AUGGAUAUGUCAAGUGCCCAGGUGUUGUCAGACCUGCCCCAACUUCUGAGGGACUACAAAAACGAUCGCUUCAAACACCUCGCUUUCUCCAUGGUCAAGACCGGCUUUCAUAAGUGGGGCUUUGUUGUCUAUCGCUGCACCUACGACGAUGACGACCUUUGGAACCGCUACCUCGCGCAGCUCAAAGAUAAUUGCCGCUAUCACCUCGAAAAAUACCGUGUUGAUAAGCUCUUGGAACAGUACCUUGACUGGGUUGUUGUUGAGAACAGAGAUACGCUAGACAAUGCCUCUAGGCCGACGAUAAGGCAACAUUUCCAAAAAUGGGUCUCCUCUCAACGAGCCGUCGCCUGGGAAGACGAACAUCCCGGCAUUUCUGACCUUCCUCGCUUCAAAUACUGCUUGUAUGUCGACAAGAAGUGCCUUGACACUCUGGAGCCCUCACAGCGAGACGUUCAUCCCAGAUUUAGAGAGGCAGGGACACCACUGGUCGUCGCAAUCAUUGAUAGGCAAUGGACGCCGAACCGCAGGGGCAAAGACAACCCUAUGGAUGAAGGGGGGUUUCCCCCAAUUGAUGGCAGCGACCGCAGAUACGUCGGUUGGAGGUGGCAAAAUUCGAUCUACCUGUCAAUGCUGUACAGCGGACUUUGGUGGUGUGAUUUGGAUGACGAAAUCAGCUAUAAGAGACCGCCUGCCAUCAAUCCUGUGGGGAGGGAAUCAAUGCCCGAGUGA